AUGGCUAACCAUAAACGGAUCUUAAGUUCAUAUACUGGAAAAUUGACACCAGCUCAACAGAAGAGGGUAGACAAGUUUAUCAAGCCUGGAAGUCACAAAUGGACAGCUCAGUGGUCUGGAGAUAAUAACAGAAUCUUAUUUGAAAUCACAAGAGGAAAACAGAAACUAGAAGUGAAUCUACAACAGCAUACUUGCACCUGCAACAUGUGGCAGCUUUCAGGUAUGCUAUGUGUGUAUGCUGUUGCUGCCAUAUCUAAACUUAGGGUUAGAACUGCUGAGGAUUUUGUUAGUCCACUACUAACAAUGGAUGCUGUUAGGGCCACUUAUAAUGUGUGUGUGAAACCAGUAAAUAGUGAAGAGUUUUGGAAAGAAGCAAGUCAACCAAAGCCUGAUCCACCUAGAAUAACAAGACCAGUUGGACGUCCGAAAAAACGAAGGUCAGAUGCAGCUCACCCACCACCACAACCUAAUGGUGACAAGGUUAGGAGUACUUUUCAAGUUACGUGUAACAAAUGCGGGAAAAAGGGGGCAUUAUUGCAAGACUUGCAAGGGAGCACCUUCAAGACCUGA